AUGGCCGUGGUCAUCUCCAAGUUAAAUAUUCUGAGUAGGGGCUGCAAGGAGAAGUUGGCUGAACUUGGUUGGAUGUCAGACAAUAUUUUCACGGACCGGCCGUUAAGGUGUGGCUACGGAGCCUCACUAUGGAGUCCCUCUGGGAGUGUAGACCGUGGGCAGGGUUUGUCCUUCCAUGAGGUGGGUGAUUGAUGUGAGGCAGAGAUGAGGUCGACAGCUGAGGAAUCUUCAAACAGCAACAACAGUGUCGGUGGUGGAUUAGGUGGCGGCAGCACCGUCCUGCAGCGCCUCCUGCAGGAGCAAAUGAACCGUAAUUACGUGCUGCAACAGCAACAACAACAAGGAGGAGUAGCAGGGGGGGUUGGGGGGUACUCAGGACAGGGACAGGUUGGCCCCUCUGAUGAUCACUCCAUGACCCCCCACAUAGCUCGACAGGAGCCUCAGGGCCAGGAGCUGCAGACAGACAAUGGCCUGGAGAAGUUGGGCUCCACCAGAGUAGGGGGAGGGGGUGGGAGCAAUGGAGGAGGUUUCGGGACUGGGAGAGGCAGCAGCAUUGGAGGGCAAUGCCCAAACCCAGAGGACCUUCCUACCUAUGAGGAGGCCAAAGUACAGUCCCAAUACUUCCGUGGCCAUGGUCCUCUUACUCAGCCACAGCAGCAAAACAACCAGCCCCAGCAGCCUCCUCUCUCAGCCUCAGUGGGUGCUACCUUCUAUGUCACUGGGGUAACCAGCACCAAGAUGCGUACUGAGGGUCGCCCAACUGUGCAACGAGUGAGUGGUGCAGGAAAAGUGCACCAGGAUGAUGGGCUGAAGGAUCUAAAGCAAGGGCAUGUUCGAUCUCUCAGUGAAAGACUUAUGCAGCUCUCCCUAGCCACCAGUGGCGUGAAGGCACAUGCUCCUGUCACCAGUGCCCCUCUCUCCCCCCAGCUACCCCUACCAGGCCCACAGAGUGACUUCUACAAGCCGCAGCAUCGUGGCCCCCCUCCAGACUACCCCUUCAAAGGAAUCGGCUCACCUUCAAAGCAGCAGGAACUUGGAGGCCAUUUUUACCAGGAGCAGAGAGGGAGGGAGCAUUCGAGGGAGCUGCUUCCUGUCCGAUACCAGCCACCACCUGAGUAUGGAUCCUUCAGGUCCAGUAAGGAUGGUUCGCUUCACUCCCAGAGGCCCCUUCACCAGCACAGUCCCACCUCCUCUGUCACCUCGGUGGGCUCCUUGUCCCGUGCUCAGUCUUCCACCCUCAGCAGCAUGCUUGGUGCCUCCCAGUCCUCCCAUAUUUCCUUUCACCACCAGCAUCCGCAGAACCAUGGGGAGCCUUUCCAUUGCAUUGGGCCCCGCAGUCCACAGAGUCCUAGUAUGCAACAUGCAAGUGAGCCCUUGACCUUAGGGCCGAUUCAUCCACCCCUACAGAGAGGUCAUGGUUUCCCACAUGACCCCUAUGGCUCUACCCCAAGGAUGCACCAUCAGCAACAGCACCAUCAGUAUCAUCAUCAUCAGCAGCAGCAGCAGCAGCAGCAGCAGCAGCAGCAGCAGCAGCAGCAGCAGCUACAAGGACACUUCCAGCUGCCGGUCCAGGCUGGAAAUUUCCCCCAUCCGCACUCCUACUCCCACCUGCAGGGAGAGCCCUUUGCCAUGAUGGCACGUACCCACCAGAUGGUGGAUGUGUUGACAGAGGAGAACAGGAUGUUGAGGCAGGAGAUGGAGACGUGUCGUGAGAAAGUCACCAAGUUGCAUAAGUUGGAAUCAGAGAUCCAGCUGGUGUCUGAGGCCUAUGAAAAUCUUGCCAAGUCCUCCUCCAAGAGGGAGGCCCUGGAGAAAACUAUGAGGAAUAAGCUGGAGCUGGAGGUGCGCCGACUGCAUGACUUCAACAGGGACCUCCGAGAACGCAUGGAGACGGCCAACAAACAACUUGCUGCUAAAGAGUUUGAUGGCUCAGAGGACAGUCGCAAAACCAUCUCCCAGCUGGUCACACAGAACAAAGAAACACUUCGUGAGAAGGAGAAGCUGGAGAUGGAGGUGAACUCGCUGCGCUCCACCACUGAAGAUCAAAGGCGACACAUUGAGAUCAGAGACCAGGCACUCAACAAUGCUCAGGCCAAGGUAGUCAAGUUGGAGGAGGAGCUGAAAAAGAAGCAGAUUUACGUGGAGAAAGUGGAGAGGAUGCAACAAGCCUUGGCUCAGCUUCAGGCAGCUUGUGAGAAGAGGGAGCAACUCGAGCAUCGUCUCCGUACGAGACUGGAAAAAGAGCUGGAGUCAUUGCGCAUGCAGCAGCGUCAGGGAGCCUCUCAAAGCAGUGGUGGGGUCCCAUCUGAGUACAAUGCCACAGUGCUGAUGGAACACCUAAGGGAGAAGGAGGAGCGGAUCCUGGCUCUGGAGGCCGACAUGACCAAGUGGGAGCAGAAAUACUUGGAGGAGUGCGUGAUGAGGCAGUUUGCAUUGGAUGCCGCCGCCUCUGUUGCCACGCAGAGGGAUACAUCUGCAUCAAUUAUAAGCCACUCUUCCAACAGCAGCUAUGAUACAUCAGUAGAGGCUCGAAUCCAGAAGGAAGAAGAAGAGAUUCUCAUGGCCAAUCGGCGCUGUCUGGACAUGGAAAGCAGGAUAAAGAAUCUGCAUGCCCAGAUCAUAGAAAAGGAUGCCAUGAUCAAGGUGCUCCACCAGCGCUCAAGGAAGGAGCCCAUCAAGUCAGACCUACCGUCUGCAAUGAGGCCCUCCAAGUCCCUGAUGUCCAUCUCCAACAGUGGCUCUAGUGGAUCAGGACUGCUCUCUCACAGCUUGGGACUGAGUAGUUCGCCCAUCACUGAAGAACGCAAGGACACCUGCUGGAAAGGCAGUCUGGGGCUUUUGCUGGGUCCUGAGUUUCGUACAGAGUCUCUCAGGACAGAAUCAAUCUCAUCAUCCCCCUCCCCAGUGCUUCACUCCACCCUGAUGACCGCAGGCCAUUCAAAGACGGGCAGCAGGGACAGUUGCACCCAGACCGACAAGGGUCAAGGUCAGGAUACCAGCAAGCCCGGCACUCCAGCGGUUCAGAGCAUGACACUGCCUGCCCGCCUGUCCAGCCCCGGCCCCAUCUACAUCCCUGACCGCAUAGCAGAUGUGGUGGCGUUUCACAGCAGCACCCUGGAGCGGAGGCAACCUGUCCAGUCCCACCUACAGCAACAGCUCCACCCAUCAAAUCCAUCCAUCCAACAAGAACUGGACAAUGACAUGGUGGAGAUCCUCAUCUGAUACAUGACCUCUGGAAGAAAACAUAUAAAUGAAGAUGGCAGUUCAAUUAGAACAAACACAACAACAUGUAAAUCAUCCUGGCUCAUUCCUCACAUCAGCUGACCCUCAAGAGACACAUUUUGUAAUGUUUACACAUGCAUGCAUUCAAACACAUUCUCUUUAUCCUUUCACCGAAUCACUGUUUGUUAUAGUAAUUUGAAAAAGCUAUUAAAAGCAAAAAGCAGAAGUGUGAUAACCUCUGCUUUUCCUAAACUUGAGAGGAAGUUUAUGGCCUUAUAUUUAUCUUUAUAACUGUGAUGGUGAUA